AUGACAGCUAUAUCAUCUAGUAACUCGGGUUCAAAGGUCAGUGGGUUUGGUGGGAUGAAGAGACAACACUUCCCACUGAAUCAUGAAGCAUGCUCCUCAUCUGACACCACCUCUUUGGCACAUAGAGAAAUCGAGAAAAAGAAACAAGAGUUUGGUCAUGAGUCUAAGACAUUGCUCACUGUGGGAAAGUCAGGUAAAGGGAAGAAAGGGAAAGGCCGGGUCAAGUCUUUUGGGAAGAAGCAGAAGCCAAAGAAGCCGGAAGUGGACAUCCUUAGCCCUGCAGCCAUGCUGAACCUCUACUACAUUGCCCACAAUGUUGCCGACUGCCUGUACCUUCGAGGCUAUCCUUGGCCAGGCGCUCCCAAAGGGAAAAAGGGGAAGAACAAGGUUUAAGUGAUAAAACCCAAAACAUGUCUUUGUUUCAAAGAACAGAAAGGGGAAGAAAGCAUUCAAGAUAACUCAGUGACGGCAGUCAAUAUAGACUUACUGAAGACAACCAGAAACACGAAGCCAGUGCACUUCUCUGUGGUAAAUGACAGAGCAAUGCACAUUUAUUGCCACAGCU